CUGUUGACAGGAAGCGUGUGAGGCGGAAUCACUACAACCUCUGUGUGCUUGUAGUUUAGCCUGACUAACAGGAUUUCACAUUCGUUCACCCCUCGGAGGUGUGUGGACUUAAAUUAUGCGUUUUAACAUCGAUCCGGAUCAAAGAUGCAAUGGAGGUCAAUAGUAGUCGGUCUGGUCGUAUUGAGACUCUCCCUCAGCUGUGUGCUGUGGUUAGCCUUCGGACUCGGACCCAGUGUUAGCUGGGGGUUCAACUUCCACCUCGGGUUCAGUUUGCACAAAUUAGACUUGUUAUUCAGAGAGGAAAAGGGGACCGACCCGAGGGGCAGCUCGUGGUCUCAACGAAUACACGGGCAGAGCUAUGAAGAGACGGCGAGCACCUGUGCGAAGGUGGGAGAGGAGUCCCUCAAGAGAUCCUACCUGAGCUUCUUCGAUGGCAACAAGGACGAGUACGUCCGCAGAUACAGGACCUUCCCGGACACACUCAAAGCCAAAAUGAAGGACAUGGCCAAAGAAAUGUUCUAUUUCGGAUAUGACAAUUACAUGAAAUAUGCCUUUCCCGAGGACGAGCUGAAUCCCAUUGACUGUGAGGGGAGGGGACCAGACGUGCUAAACCCGUCAAACAUCAACAUAAAUGAUGUAUUGGGGAACUAUUCCCUUACACUGAUUGACACCUUAGACACCCUACUGGUGCUCGGCAAUGUGACAGAGUUCCAGAGAGCUGUCAAGCUGGUUAUAGAAACUGUGUCUUUUGACAAAGACUCAACUGUGCAAGUUUUUGAGGCAAACAUCAGAAUCUUGGGAGGCCUUAUCUCAUCUCACAUCCUGCUAACAGACCCAAAACAUCCUUUUGGCAAGGUGGGCUUAGAGGGUUACGAUAACGAGCUGCUUCACUUGGCUCAUGACUUGGCUGUCCGCUUGCUGCCGGCCUUUGAGAACACCAGCACGGGCAUUCCUUACCCCAGGGUGAACCUGAAGACCGGAGUUCCUCCUGAUAGCAUCAAUGAGACUUGUACUGCAGGAGCUGGGUCCUUGCUGGUGGAGUUUGGGAUUUUGAGCCGCUUGAUUGGAGAUUCCACGUUUGAGUGGGUCGCCAGACGAGCUGUCAGAGCUCUGUGGAGCCUGAGGAGCAACGAAACCGGUCUGUUAGGGAAUGUUGUUAAUAUCCAAACCGGCCAGUGGGUUGGCAAGCAGAGCGGUCUGGGAGCUGGUAUGGACUCCUUCUAUGAGUAUUUGCUCAAAUCAUACAUCCUGUUUGGUGAAAAAGAGGACUACAAGAUGUUCCAAGCUGCUUAUGAAAGCAUUCAGAACCACAUGAGAAGAGGGAGAGAGUCAUGUAAUGAAGGAGAGGGUGAUCCACCUCUCUAUGUUAAUGUGAACAUGUUCAGCGGUGAGAUAAUGAACACUUGGAUUGACUCCCUUCAGGCCUUUUUUCCUGGGCUGCAGGUGCUGAAUGGUGAUGUAGAUAAUGCAAUUUGCCUGCACGCCUUCUACUAUGCCAUCUGGAAGCGCUUCGGGGCUUUGCCAGAGAGAUACAACUGGCAGCUGCAGGCUCCCGAUGUGCUCUUCUACCCUUUAAGACCAGAGCUGGUAGAGUCGACCUAUCUGCUGUACCAGGCGACCAAAAAUCCUUUCUAUUUGCACGUUGGAAUGGAUAUUCUUCAGAGCCUUGAGAAAAAUGCCAAAGUCAGAUGUGGGUAUGCCACUCUCCACCAUGUUGUGGACAAAUCCAAAGAAGAUCGUAUGGAGAGCUUCUUCCUCAGUGAGACAUGCAAAUACCUUUAUCUGCUGUUUGAUGAGGACAACCCGCUUCACAAAUCUGAUAACAAGUACAUCUUCACCACAGAGGGCCACGUUGUGCCUAUAGACAAGCUCUUCAGGGAGAAACAGUGGAAUGACUUGUUUCCUUGUGAAGAGGGAGUGCUGACAGAAAGUGAGCCAAACAACCGGCUUAGCAACAUCAGCAAUUGCAACAGGAUCUCAGAGGAGCAGCGGUACUCUCUGCCACUAAAGAGCGCCUACAUGAGGCAGAUCGAUCACAUGGUGGGACUUUACUGAGUUAAGAGGAUGCAUGUGGUGACACUGGCAAGAACAAGCCUUCGGCACACACACCCUCGGGUGCAGAUGCAGUGAGAUUAAAACGGAUCCGCUGUUGCUCAGAAUCCUCGUCCCGUCUGUUCUGCUGCUCAGGAAACUGGUACGAAAGCAAAACCUGAGAAAGCAACUUUUUCACUUGCUGCAUUAAGUCAAAGGCGAACAAUCUUUCGCCUACAAAAUGAGGAGGUUGUGUAAGUGGUUUUAAAAUUACUAUGUGGAGCAAAAAAUGUCUGUUGAGGUGUUCAGGUAUGAGUGUGUGUGUGUGUGUGUGUGUUUGUGUGUGUGUAUAUGUGUGCAUAUUUGAAAUUACAGCUGAGCUGUGAAUCAUAAUUAUGUGUUUAUGGGAACAGUGCCAUCUAGCCACACAUAUGUAAAAUGCAUAGCCUAUAAAAACACUCACGUCGAAAAGUAUCUCUCUAAACAUGAUGAUUAGUGCCUCUUCUCAGUUUAUUCACUUGACUAGUUCUGUGCUUUCACAUAAGGGCUGCACAUUAACAGAUAACGGCAGUGAGAGAGGUUCAGGGUGACUCUUGCUGUUUUUAAAGUGCCUUCAGUUUUUUCUUCUCCUCUACAGUGCAUAUUAGUUGUGCAUAACAUUGUCAAGUAUUUUUGGAGCCACUGUUGAUAUUGCACAAUUGGCGUCAUUCCAUGUGUAUACAGUUUUACACCGAUUAUGACAUCCGCGUUUUUUUUUUUUUAAGACAUGACGAAACAAGCCAUAAAAUGUAUUUUUUAAUGUUAAUGAGUGAAAAUGUGUUUUUCACUAUUUUUUUCUGUCUGACGUAUUUACUACAAAUAGUUUAUUCUUGUUUAGAGUAGAUGGAAGUUGCCAUUUACUGUUUCUUUAUGUUUCUCUUAAUUGCACAUCAACAUACCUAUUAAUUGUCAUGUGGUGAGAACUCAGGGUUUAAAUGAAAAACAAAAAUCAAUGAAUGCUUUCAUAAAAAAUAAAACUUUCUUGAAAUGUCUUAGGAUAGUCUUAACUUGGUUAUCUGAGGUCAAAGAAUAACUGCACUGAACUAAAGUACAGUUGUACUGUGAAUAUUCAUUAUUGUUCCACGCAGAAAGAAAAAGUGUAUGCUGUCCCCUUAACGGUGAGAUUUGAUUCAUGUACAGCUCAACUGAAGUAUAUAUUCUGGACUGGUUCAUCUCUUACCAAACAUCCUGUGUGAGUGUACGUAAGUAAAGCUCAGAGCUUCAGGCUGCAUGGAUCCCUUACACCACAACAUUGGCAUCUUCUUUGGCUUUGGGAGACAGCUGUUCAUAUUCUCAAUUGUUGUGUGAACUGCUCCAGGCCAUAGGAAUGAUAUUUCUGAGUUUUCUAACUGGCUAACAUAAUCCCAGCCACUUUGUACCAGAUUACCUUUAAAGGAAUAGUUAAACAUUAUGGGAAAUACACGGACAAGAUCGAUACCACAUACCAGUCUGGGUAUCUGGUGAUUAUGAUUUGUGAGCAAGACUAGAACGCAGAUGGCAAAUGUUUGCUCAGAAAUUUAAAUUGUUGUUCCUGCAGGUCUCUUACGCGCAUGCACAGGUCAAAUGUAUGGUGUUAAUUUUAUUUAAUAAAACACAUUAAAAUAAAUUGGAUUGUUAAUUACGCAAAUUUGAUGAAAAUGGGUCCCAAUAUUAAGCUGCUGCUAGCAACAGGUUAGCCUAGCUUAGCACAAAGACAAGGGUAGUCAGCCAGCUUGGCUCUGUCCAAUGCUAACAAAAUCCAUCUACAAGCACCUCUAAACUCACUAAUUAACAUGUUCUAGCUCCUUUUAAUUAAUUUGAAUAAGAUAUAAUUUGUGAACUUUAGAGAUGAUUAUGAGUAGAUUUUAGUAAACUAACCCGCUGCUGGCAGUAUCUUGCUAUUUACGGUACAGACAUGAAAGUGGUAUUGAUCUUUUCAUCUGACUCUCUGAAAGAAAGUGAAUCAUUGUAUUUCCCCAAAACUGAAACUAUUAAUUUAAUCUGACUAAAAUUAAAGGCAAAUGCUGUUCAAUCCUAAACGUGACUGGUUUUAUAAUUCUAGAAGUCAUGAAAUAUUCUGUAAAAUUAAUAAAUGACGUAUGAACAAGAUAUUGCUCUGUUGAUUUUUAUUUGUGAAAAAUGGAAAACUACUCAGUUUUCUACAGAAGCUUUAAUAGGUUUAGUCAAG